UGCUGGAUUUAAGCACUUGCGCCAAGACCGAGCCAAAAAAUGGAAUCUCGCGCAGAUUGCCUCAAGUGAUCUCACGUGCGAAUCUACAAAGAAACGUGGUUGUCCCGUGCCCGUGAUAUUGGAAGACGUAGAAAAGAGAACCCAUACUUACUACGAUUUUUCUAAUAAGUUACGUGACAGACAUACGAUGAAGACAAAGACUGCAGCCAAGCAAGUUGUGUUUCUCAAAUACUUUGGUGAGUUGUAUUUGCCAAGAUUCAAUAUACCGGCACUUGUCCUGAUGGAUGUUGACUCUACCAUUGGACAGCGAUGAUAUGUACCAUCUUAGAAAGCAAACAUGACAAAGGCGAAGAAGGCUAAGGCUGCUCCACCUCCACCCAAGGAAAGCUCCAGUGAAGAAGAGUCCAGUAGUGAAGAGGAAUCUGAUGAUGCUGAGGCCCUGGUAGCGGUUACCAAGGCUAUGGGCAAGACCAAUGGAAA